CGGAACAUACGACUACUUCUAGUCGUAGAAAAUAUAUUUCAAAAUUCUUCUCCUUUCGCAGAGAGAUGCUCAAUGCGCUGCAGGGCUGAGGCGGGAGCCCUGUUAAAUCUAAAUCUAAACUUUCAGAUUCAGAGCUGCAUGCAUUCGGUGAUUGCAUUGAACGACAGCUCAACUUCGGUUUCUGGCUGUGGUUAAUUACCAUUGGUUUAUCUGAAAAUCAAUGCUAAACCUGUCGGUUAUUGUCUGUCUAGCUCGGUGUUUUUUCAUUGGUACCUGUCUGUUCAUUCUCGGUCCUUUUCUUCAAGUUCUCGUUUCCUUUUUUUGAUUUAACGUAACCAAGGAGAGUGUUGAAAGAUUCAGAGUAUGCUGACACCCUUGUCCUCGACGUCGUAUACCUCGUCCUCGUUUUUUUUCUCGUUCCUUCACGGUCGCUUAGUCGAUGUAGAGAACUGAAUAUUUAUUGUGCAAAAAUAUAGCGUUGAGAAGUGUCAUGCGUUUCAUCUCUAUGUAAGUACUCUGCGAACAGGGUCGGGCUAGUUGUUUCGCAUGUUUGUUCAAUUUUGUGUAAACAUGCUUCAUGCUACUUUUUGUAACCGACCAUACUAGAAGAUCAAUUAUUUUUUUGUGAACUAAUAAUUUUUUUCUCGUCCAUUCAGUGAAUCACGACGUUGAUCAUCUAUCUUCACGUCGACCAAGCAAGCUUACUUUUCUCUCAGAAAAUUAUUGCCAAAAUAGAAUCUGUUGAUUCAUCUGGUUUUCUUCGCGGAAGAAAAGAUCGCUUACACUUUCCUCGUUUACUAUCAAGAAGGCACUAGUACAACAUCAAACAUGUCGUCAUCUACCGGAACAGAUCAACAAAGCGAGUUCUCGUAUUUUACGGCGGGCACUGGAUCGGCUGUUGAUGCUGCCACAGCCAGUUUGACAUCCAGCAUAGAAGAGAAGCAAUUCUUCACGCCAGGUGCCGACACUACCAGUUCGUAUGGGAGCUUUGUCGAUGCAGCUAAAGAACCCUUUAUGUUCUUUCCGGAACCAUUCUUAAGGGUUGGAAGUUGUCGAAGUGGACUUCUCUAUGAGCAUAUCUAUGGCCUUUUCAAGUAGGACAGGAAUAGUAGAUAUGCGAGAUAGAAUAGAUCUGCCAACUUGUUGCGACCCCUAACAUUUGAGGAAGUGAAUCCCGACUUCGACCCUUUCAACUGGAAUACUUGGAAAUACGCAACGUUUGGGGAUUUCGUCCGUCGCACCUUUGCCUUCGAAGUCCUCGUCGACUUCAUCGCCUUGGCUGUUAUUGCCCAUGUACUGCUUAGCUUAUUGAAGGUCUUGUUGAUCAUAUUGAUCACGCCUGUAUUUGAGAUUUAACAAAUACCAAGUUGAAGUUCAACUGGUCGUUGUACGUGAUGUUGUAGCUUCGUUUUUUUCGCCUCCUUGUACUGCUCCCUUCCGAACGAACCUUAUCCCUACCCCGUAGUAUAUACAAUCUCAACACCAGGCUCUCUACGCUCCUUGCGACGGUGAUUGGAAGUAUAUGUGCUGGUUGCUAGUCGGCAUUCUGGGAAGCAUACCGACGACGAUGGUUCUGGAUUAUUGGCGCAAGAUUGGGCAAAGUUUCCGUCUAAUUUUCGUCAAGGAAAGUAUUGCAACGUCUUUGAGCAUCCUGUGGUUCUGCACCGGCCUUGUGUGGACAGCUCACUAUCCGGCUAGCUCAUGCGGAAAUUGCUUGUGGACGACGGUAGUUUUUUCUACGCCAGGAUCGAUUGGCUAAGUACACUACUGCUACUACUUCAGCAUUCUUGACGUGGAUUGCUUUUUUUGGGCCCUUCUGUUUGAUAGUUGCAUCUAGUUUGAUGUUUAGAGAAACAAAUUGGUGAAAAUUUUUAACGCUCCCGUGUUCCUUAAAUCAUCCGAGAAGUCAGUGUUUUUUUAUUCUUCCAUCUCCUGCGCAACGUGACGACCCUUUCCACUACUUCCUAGGUCGCAGUGAUCUCGUUACUACAUCUGGUAAUGUUCGCUCUCAUUGCUUUGAGUGUCUUGCUUGCUGCGCUGGUGCCAGCGCUGAUCAAGUUGCUGUUUCAAGUUUGGAGUGCGACUUCUCGUCCGUUCACUACAGCGAAUAAGCAGGUAGCGAAGCAAUCUACGGAGAGUAAUGAACCGGAAUAUGGAUUUGCAACACGUCCAUCGCAAAACGCAGCUGAACCAUGAUCACGAUAUUGGAAAACUUUACAGCACGGUUGAUGUAAAUCUGUUAAAUUUUUGAGGACUUUUGAAGAAGAUAUUAAUUAUAGAAAAUUAUGAGAAUAUCAUGUCAUUAGAAAGACCACCCGACUUUGAACUACAUGAACUGAAGAGGCCAAGUAGAUGUACCAGGAAGAAAAAGCAUAAAAGUUAGUGAAUCAAAUUCAGGAUGAAAAUUUUUGAGAUACUAUCAGUUAUACUAAAUACUCGAAUAGAGAAUGUAUUAAUCGCAAAGUCUAUGUUCUUCAGUAGUGCACAAAAGUAAGACCUGCAGAAAAAGAUAUCGCGCGGUUGAGACCGUGAAAGUCCCAAAGUAGGCUCCCUCGAUGAUACUUCUUUAAAGCUUGACCAUCUUGCUGUUAUGUUAGCCUUUGUCAUUUCUGAGUCCUUGUCUAUGGUAUUUUUCCACCGAGCGUCGUUAUUGCGAAUUAUUUCGGAAAGAACUAUAAUCCUCGAGCGGGUUUGAUUUUGAGCACUACAUAUAUAAAUCCGUGUUGAAGCACGACUUGCAGAGCUAAGAACAGGAGUAUUUACAACUAGUGUGUGAGCUUCUAUUUUAGUAGUAUCUAUUGCUAUGGAUAACGCUAAGGCAGUCUCGAAUGAACUUGUUUUUUCAGAAAGUUUUGAAAAGAUAUAUGCAGCGGUCCAGGGUGGAGCUGGUUCAGGCGGGGGCUCGCUCUGGUUCAGGCUGGAACGCUCGCAACUUUUUAACUUGCUUUCACUUUGAUCCCACCCUGGCCCAGGUUUUUGCAAAUAGUAUUCUACUCCGCCCCAAACCGGUUCAGGGGGGGGAUUCUCCCACCCUGAACCAAGUCGCGGCCUCGAUAAUUAUGCCAAAGGUUGCGAAUGUUAUGCGCCUACUUAGUGAUAGACAGGAGACGGGCGCGGGCAACCCUCUCGAGGGAAAGCGCAAGCUUGGGGAGCCUUUUGUUUAGGCACCUUGGUACCCCGGCAGGCUUGCCACGGUUGGGCCUUGUAAUCGGGGCGGCAGUGCCAGGGGAAGCGACUGGGCGCCCGUAUUUACAUACUGGCUACUGAGUGCCUCCGGGCGGCUCAGCGCAGCUUCCAUCCCUGACCGGGGGCGAGCAGCCUGGGGCGGCAGGGAGACAAAGACGAGCACCGCUCGGCGGCGCUGGUCUGCGGCCGCUGGUGCAAGUUGUUGCGCCGUCUGGUCUUUGCUGUCUCGCUCGCUCUUCCACCAAGAUCCAAGCGCCAGCAAUGAGAACGAGGCCCAAGCGAUGGAGGAAGUGCCCGCGCUUGAGGUUUGUCAGUCGCUCGGCGGCGGCUUCGCUGCGUGUGGCAUUCCGACCAUCGUGAACGGCCGCGCGCUGUCGAUCUCAGAGCGAGGGAGCGGGCCUCUGCUCUUCGUUGUCAUAAGUACUCAUAGGGGUGCGGCCGCUUGUGGCCUUCCAUUCAUUGGUCGACCUUGCCGGCCAGGAGAGCCUUGCUGCGUCCUUGAGAUCGCCCCCCCUUCCCCGCCAAAUUUUUGCAAGGGCAGCGUGGCGCAAGUACUUAAAAUUCCGUCUUGAGAUCUUCGACCAGCGUGCCGCUUGCGUGUCUCUGCCGUCUUUGCUUGCCUCUUCGCUUCUUUCUCGCGUUCAGUUUUGUCCGCGCUCGCCCUUUUCAUCUUGGUUCCUCCUCCCUCCCAUCCCUCGGGCCGUUUAGCUUCUGGCGUCCCCCUCUUCUUUUUCUCAUCUCCCCUGCCUCUCUUGUCUUUGUUCAUCCCCUCCCCUGCUCUUCCGGCGCUGGCUUCCCCCUCGUCCCCUUGCUUUCUCCUUCGUCCACCGUUCUUGAUCGCCUUGGCUGCCACCAAUCCGCUCUUCUGAUCUCGGCUUUCCACUCUGGCCCACUUUCUGCUCUGGACCACUAUCCCACCCUGGGCCACUCGAUAGAUUUGUAUAAUAUAUAUAAUAAUAUGAUGUAUCGAAUGACCUCUAUUCCUCGGAGUCGAGCCAGGUGCCGGGGGGCUUAGAUGUGCAGGAUUCACACCCUAACCUAACCUCCUCUAUUCUAGUAGAUCUGCACGAACGAUGCUGACCCUGAAUACGAAAGCCGUCUGUAAUGUUGCGAAUCAAUCUCCUGCUUGUCCGUCGGCACGGUAUGCGCAAUAAGCCGAACUUGUAUACAUGCUAUCAUGCUGUACUAGCUGUAGUUUCACUUGCUGCAAAGUUUGAGAAGCAAGUAUUUUUGUCGAAGUUAUUCAGCAACUGCAUCGUUCUAAUCGAAGAAGUCCUUUUCGUUAUUGCAUUUGCACCGAUGAGUAAGUGGGGAGAUGACCAAGUAUCUGCCAAAGUAAUACAUUUACAUAGCAAUAGGCCAGUCCUCUGAGCCAGAGUGUUGGAGCUGUAGUAGCUAGUCUACUUUAAGUAAAUGGAUUAAAUUGCCAUCUUCCAAGAAUUGCAACAGUAGAUAUGAAGCGGAUAGUGGGAUUGAAAAAAGGAAAAAAUUACAGUGGAUUCAGUC